AUGUUACCAUACUCCAAUUUUUUUAAAGAUGAGUUGAAACAUAUUCAAAUCCAAUUGAGUUUAGGUGAAGAUGAAGAUGUCAAUAAUAGUGAUUACGUUGAAGAAGGCUUAGCUCAAGCGGGAGAAAUGUCAUAUGCAGGGAAGCAGAAGUGGGGCCAAGCCCAACCUUUCGAAAGAACAGGCGGAGUAGGGGCGAUUGCUGAUGUUCCUGGUCUGUUUCGUGUCUUGACUACCAAGAACAAGGAGGUGCACUUUGUAUGUGAUGGUGGGCUGGAAAUGGCUGAGCUCUGGGGAAGGCUAUCCAUAGCUGAAGGGAGAGUUGACAUGAAUUGCUGGAUCUUGUUUAGAAAGAGCAUUUGUAUAGAUGUUCAGAAUACUUCAUCUCGAAGUAGGCUGUUGGAUUUUAUGCUAAAUUUGAAGAGCAGUAAUUUGAUAUUCGCAUUUCUAUCAACACUGGAGAUUGGUCUUGGUUCGGUGCCUGAUGGAAAACAAUGUCAUUUUUGGACGAAUUCCACCGAACGAUUUCUCUGUUCUCAUUUCGCCAUUGCCAUUUAG